AUGACGCUAAUAACAGAUUGCUCUUAUCAUAGAACUUUCCGAAUAGAGACGAAGGUGACACUCGAAGAAGAGGGGCUCCGUAAGGUCGAAGCAGAUAUUGCGCAGCAAUUGCUCCUGAAAACGUGUCCGAAGAAAGUUCACGGCCGCGCGUUGACGCCACCACCUGCCGUCCCCCGCCCGCCGGCCCGCGCUUUCCGCCCCUCGGUUCCCCGCCGACGCUUCCGCGCCCGCCACCUUCCUCGCUCUCUCUUCGCGCCUACGCUGGAAAGCUCCACUUGCGUCACCCAGCUUCUAUUGCCAAUAUCGAUCUAG